AAAAUGAUGAGACCUACUUCCUCCUACGCAGGAAUCCGGAAACCUAAAAAACUAAACCCAAACAAGAACAGGCGCAGACUAGCGAGUGCCAAAGGGACUAAGACUGCAGCCAACCCGUUCAGAAUUCCCCCUGACUCCAAAAUAUUUACGUUCAAGGAUGAAGAGAAAGCUCAGAAGUUGGCGAAAAGGAAGAGAAAUGCUACCCUUCGGGCAUGGGAGAAAGACAAACCUGACCGUGAAGGCGUCCUGAGAGAGAUCCGGGAUAUUGAUAUAGACCUUAAUUUUCAAGGGAAGGAUAAGAGUAGACAUUAUGAGUCGGAUAAUGCGGACUUUCAGAGUUUCCCAGUGAAGAACCGGAAAAAAGAAAGUAGACACCAGAUCUUGGAACGGAAUAAAAACAUCUUUUUGAUCGCACAAAUGUUGUCGAUUAAGCAAGAUGAGAUUCAGAAAUUAGAGGAUUUUCAGACGUUGAGGUCUGAGGGUCUGAAAUUUUAUCAAAAUAAUCUUAAUACAGACAUUAAGGAUUUUGUUGAGUACUUCAAGACGAACAGAGAAAAGACUCGUAAAGCCAGACUCCUUCAGGAUGAAAGACUCAGAGAGAAGAAAAAUAGAGAUGCUGAAAUAAAAAGAUUAACGAAUGAACUCCAAGAUUAUAGGACCAAGAUUCACCAGAGUGAAGAGAAGCUAGUCAAAUAUGAGAAGAUACGCUCUUCCUUGUUCUUCAGGAAUUCUAAAAAUAGGCUAACUGCUUCUAAGGAGCCUCAUGAGCCCACUUCUCAAGCUUUGGAAAUUCAAAAGAAUGACAGAUUAGAGCAUUCUAAUAGUUAUCAGAUUGAUGGAGGACCUAAGAAUACUGAUGGAUUGGGAGCAGCAGAUACUUCGUUGAAUUUGGAAAGAUCUUCACGGUCAGUUAAUCGAAAUCCUCGGAAAAGAGAUGCCUUAGAACUACUGGAGUCAAACCCUUCAACUCAAGAAGAGAAGAUUAAAAUAUUCAACAAAGUAAUCGAUGAGUUAAAAGAUAUUCUGGAAGAUGAUAAGAACUACUUCCUUAUCCAGCAGAUCCAAGAGAGGUCUCAGGCUCUUGAGGAGAAGGAGAAAAGAAUGAAGGGGUCUACGCAGUCUUACCGAAGGCUUAGCUUCAAGGAAGAGGCUAUGUCAUACGUGCUUGAAAUCCAGCAGCUUGAGAAGCUGGACGAAGAACUGGACGAAAAGAAACUCCUCAAACUUCAAAAACAAUACGAAAAACUCGACUCUUUCCAGUUCAACGAAGUCGACGGCAACCUCAGCUUACUAUUCACUGAGGACGUAAUAAAGGAGGCCAAGAAGAGUAAAAGCUCCUUGGAGUACCUAACCCAGCUUGAGAAGAAGAUGGAACAAGUGGUCAGGAUGUACCCUUCGUUGAACUUGAGGCGUGAGAAGGAGAAGAAGAAGAAGGAAGAGAGGAAGGCAAGGAAGGAGGCCAAGUUGAGGUCUAUGCAGGAGGGGGGUGGCCAAGGGGUUAUGAAGAUGGGCGCGAAUGGAUGGAUGGGCAGCCUGGGCAUGAGCUCUCUGAGGACAGGCAAGCCACUGAUGCAAAGGUCGAAGCAUAAGCAAGCCAAGAAGAAGAAAGUUAAGCAAGAGUACACCACUGAGGAGAAGGAUAGACUGUAUUACUUGGGCCUCAGUCUUAAUUAG